UAAAGCUUGGUGUCGUAGUAAUUUCAUCAGACACGAAUAAUUAUGAAAAGAACCCAUACGAUCACGCCUUGAAUUAUAAAUCUACCACUGAACCAAACAGGCGAAUCUACCACUGAACCACACAGGCAAAGACAACAGCUAUAAUGGCACAUAUAAUGACACGGAAAACAAUGAACAAUGCAGCAACGAAAACGACACAUCGAAAACACCAUCGGCGGUCGGGGUCCCGGGGGUCGGGGUUCACGACAACACAAAAGGAACAUUCCGGGGAAAGUGACCAUUACAUCUCCCCUAAAUUCCAGCCUCAAAAACAAGAAAAAUGCGUUCUCAAAAACUGCAACAAGUCCCCAAAGUUGCCUCAAAAGCAAAUUGGAGACAUUCACCCCCAAAACUGGGCAAAAAACUAAAAGUGUAAAUAUUUACAUUGGUGAAAACUUUUCAGUGAGAUUAAAUGAAUAUUUCAAAUUAAUCAAAUGUAUCAAUGAUAACAAAGAAGGAGGACUGAUACAAUACGAAUAUGAUCCUUUUCGCAGAGUAAGGAACAUGAAAUUAUCAGAACAUGCUCAGAAGUUGCAGGAUGUCCCAAAUGCUGGAGGAAGUUCUGUUAUAUCUGAAGUUAUGUCAUACGAGGUGCUCAAAAGAUGCUUCGGUGCAAAACUAUUGAAGACUGAGAUGGAGGUGUCAUACUUCCCUGAGGGUGGGUCUAUCACAGAUUAUGUGUGUGAGAUGUUCUCAACGAGGUUAGGUGUAUCGGUCACCAGAGCAAUGAAAUACAGAGGGGAGUACACAGAUGAGGACGCCGAGAAAUUGUUGGUCAAGAAAUUAACAGGUGUGAUCCAAGCCACACAAAAUUCUUUGGAGAAUUGGUCGAAACAAAUUUUACACGUCUGGGCUACUUCGACAAAUGUGGCAAACACAAUAAUAAAGACUUAUCACAAAUUACCCGAACAUAUCAAAUGUAACACGGUUGUUAUAGUGACCAUAGCCCACAAUUCACCUGAGAUUUUCUUCAAUAUGUAAGCAAAUCUGAAUUCAUGGAAUCGGAAUCAUUAAAAUAUUUUGCACUGUUGAUAAUUAUUUUAUUAUUUAUAUUGUAAUGUAUUAACUACAUGUAAUUUUGUUUAUGUUUAUAUUUAUGUUUUUGUAAAAGCGGCGUCGGCAGAAUUCUUUUAAUAAUAUAAUGGAUUUUUUCAAGUAUCAUGGAUAUUGCUUUCUCCGUACGUCCAUGUUGUAACGAAGCUUCAGUAUUUAUACUCUUAGUCUUACAUUUUUAUUUUUAUACACAUAUUUUUCUGUAUUAUGAUGAAUAAAGUUUUAAUGCCCAUUGUA